UAUAUAUGCAAACAGAUCUAGAGAGAGAGAUCUAUAGAGAGAGAGAGAUGAUGAAGAAAUGGAUAAUGGAUGGGCGAGUAGGAUUGGGAAUGGUAGUGGUGCAAGCCAUAACAACAGGGCUGCAAUUACUUGGUAGGGUUAUAUUGAGUGAGGGUAGUUUCGUGUUUGCUUUUAUGGCCUAUCGUCAUGUGGUUGCAGCAUUCACCCUUCUCCCUUUCACUCUCUACUUUGAACGAGGUGCUGUGAAGAAGCUCAGCAUUGCAGCUUUCUUCUGGCUGUUCAUGGCAGCCUUAACUGGGAUAUCAAUGACCUUGGGACUAUUUUAUUAUGGGCUCAAGGACACUACAGCUACAUAUGCUUCCAAUUUCCUCAACCUUAUUCCACUUAUCACUUUUCUCUUCUCAACUAUCCUAAGAAUAGAAGCAUUGGGAUUCCACAGUCGGGCUGGCAAGCUGAAAACCUUAGGCGCAAUGUUAUGCCUUGCCGGAACAUUGUCUAUUGCCUUAUACAAGGGCAAUUCCUUCCAUCUAACUCAUUAUCGUAACCACCAACACCAAAUCAUCAUUAAAACCAACAAAAAUAAAACUCGUGGAACCAUGUUUUUAGUCGGGAGUUGUUUGUCUGCUGGUACCUGGUUCAUUCUACAGGUGAAGCUAUUCAAAGUAUUUCCACAUAAAUAUUGGGCAACGCUUGUGACUUGCAUCUUGGCAUCAUUUCAAGCUAUCAUAAUUGGAGUAUGCAUAGACAGGAAGCCCAGUGCCUGGCGAUUGGCUUCGAAUCUUGAGCUUCUUACUAUUUUUUACUCGGGAAUAUUUGCAACCGCUGCAAGUUUUUGCCUGAUCUCAUGGACAAUUACAGUAAAAGGGCCCACAUAUCCAUCCAUGUUCAAUCCCUUAUCCCUCAUUUUAAUCACUAUAGCAGAAGCUGUGUUCCUGGGUGAAGACAUCUCCCUCGGAAGCUUGAUAGGAAUGGGUUUGAUUAUAGUGGGGCUGUACUCAUUCUUGUGGGGAAAGAGCAAAGACACAAAACCCACGCUGCUCCCCCUCAAAGAAAGCGGCGGCGCUGGUGGUGGAGAUGCUGCGCCGGAAUCUGCGUCCUCAGCCACGAUAGUUCCAGCUGCUUCUCCAAAUUAAUUGUGAUUAAUAUUUUAUACAUUUGAAUACCUUCAUAUCAUUAAUAUUCAUGAAAAGUUUAAGUUUAGGAAAUUAAUUGUAAAUUAGGAGUAGAGUUUCUUCAUACUUUGAUCGUGAGACUAGAGCAUACCGGAAUC